UUUGCUAUGGCUUUGUGCUACUUGUUCACUAAAAAAGGCUUUGCUGCAGCUGUACUUCUACUUUUUGGGCUGUUGAUGUCCAGCGACCAAAUAACUGGGGCAUAUUCUAAUAUUGGAGUAUGCUAUGGAAAAAUUGCCAACAAUUUACCAUCAGAUCAAGAUGUCAUAAACCUAUACAAGGCCAAUGGGAUCAGAAAGAUGAGAAUCUACUCUCCAGUUACAAACAUCUUCAAUGCUCUCAAAGGAAGUAGCAUUGAGAUCCUUCUUGAUGUUCCAAAUCAAGAUCUUGAAGCACUAGCCAAUUCCUCAAAAGCCAAUACUUGGGUCCAAGACAACAUAAAAAAUUAUUUCCCAGAUGUUAAAUUCAAAUAUAUAGCCGUUGGAAAUGAAGUUGAUCCCGGUACAAAUACCGGUCAAUAUGCACGAUUUGUUGGUCCUGCCAUGGGAAAUAUUUACAAUGUGUUAUCAGCAGCAGGAUUGCAAGAUAAGAUCAAGGUCUCAACCGCGACAUAUUCGGGGCUCUUAGCGAACACCUACCCACCCAAAGAUAGUAAUUUUCGUGAAGAAUUUAAGGGUUUUAUUAAUCCCAUAAUCGAAUUCCUAGCACGAAAUAACCUUCCAAUCUUAGCCAAUCUUUACCCUUAUUUUGGCCAUAUUUAUAACACGGUCGAUGUCCCACUUUCUUAUGCACUAUUCAACCAACAAGGAACAAAUUCAAUAGGAUAUCAAAAUCUUUUUGAUGCCCUUUUGGAUUCUUUUUAUUUUGCUAUAGAGAAAGCCCGAGGACCAAAUGUGGAGAUUGUUGUAUCUGAGAGUGGUUGGCCUGCAGAAGGGAACCCUUCAGCAACUAUAGAAAAUGCUCAAACUUAUUAUAGGAAUUUGGUUAAUCAUGUAAAAUCAAGGGCAGGAACUCCAAAGAAACCUGGAAGGAUCAUAGAAACUUAUUUGUUUGCAAUGUUUGAUGAAAAUCAAAAGGAAGGAGCAGUCACAGAGCAACACUUUGGACUCUUCUAUCCAAAUCAGACUGCAAAAUAUGAUCUCAAAUUUAUGUAUAGCGAUUAAUUAACAAGGAAGAAUGCUAUGUUUUCCCCAUCAUAUGCAAAUGUACCUCUCUUUUAUCUCUAAUAUAUUCAGGAUACAUUUAUCAAUGUUACUUCGGUACCUGGCUUC